AUGUUUUCUGGUCAGAUGCAAGGUCAAGACAAGCUUAUGGGUUUUUUUAGAGAUGUGGUGGUAUUUGAUACGACGUUCAACACGAACCGCUAUGGGAUGGUCUUUGUGCCUUUGUUAGGCGUUAGUAAUCAUCGACAGACAGUGUUGUUUGGUUGUGCAUUCCUAAUUGGUGAAACCACGGAUUCAUUUGUAUGGUUGUUAGGGGAAUUCAAGAAAGCCAUGCUGGGUGAGCCACCCAAAAUGAUCAUCACUAAUCAAGAUGCAGCCAUGUCAAAGGCAAUUGCUGUAACUCUCCUGACAACAUUCCAUAGAUAUUGCAUAUGGCAUAUCUUCAAUAAGAUUACAGAGAAACCCAACUUUGGAGAAUGUUUUUCGGAAAUGAAAAAAUGCAUAUGGAGUAUGGACAAGAAAGAAGAAUUUGAUGCAAAAUGGGAGGAAAUCAUCACAAACAAUGGGCUGCAAGACCAUGCGUGGCUGAGCUCAAUUCAUGCUAUGCGGGAGAAUUGGGUUCCAUCAUAUGUAAAACAUGUGUUUUCGGCUGGGAUGUCAAGUAGUCAACGGGCCGAAAGCUGUUAUUCAUUUUUCAAACAAUAUAUUAACCGGAAAAACACAUUGAUGGAAUUCAUUGUAUGUUUUGAGAGAGCUCUUGCUUCACAAAGACACAAGGAGUUAAUGGCUGAUCAUGUUGAUAACAAUGAAAAACCUCCACUGCCAUUUCAAACACCAAUGCAACAUCAAAUGGGAUGCAUUUACACUCGGGAAAUUCUGGAAAUGUUUGAGAGGGAAGACUUUAGAAGUCUUUUAUGCUUGUUCGAACCUGUAGACGAAGAUGAGACGCACUGCAAAUACAAAGUGAGUGAGAGGGUAAAUCCAAGGGUGACACGGAUGAAGGAACUUGUGCAUGAUAAAGAUGUCGAUAAAGCUUAUUGUAGCUACAAAGGAUUUGAAUUUUGGGGUAUUCCGUGCAGACACAUCCUAGCAUUCUUAAGAAUGAAGCAAGUUGAGCACUUGCCAGACAAGUACAUAUUGAAACGAUGGCUUCAAAGUGUGAAAAGCAGUGUAAUAUAUGAUAAGAAUCAUAAAGAAGUUAACGAUGGCGUUGAUGGUUUGCUUUUGGUUAAGAGAUCGAAAGUUUGCAAAGUUGCAAGUGAUUUGAUUGAUUCGGCUUUGUUGUGUGAUGAAGGUUUUGAGUUGCUGGAAAAAUCUUUUGAGGACAUUCGUGGGAAGCUUACAAGCUCUUCAUCUUCCGACACAGUACUUGGUGGUCCAGUUGGUGAGAAUUUGCAGCCCACUCAGAGCACGCAGGACAGUGAACCUACUAUGACAAAGUCAUUUAUGCAAGAGUUUGAUUUCACGUAUGGUCCCGCAGUUUGA